AUGUCUGAGCACAAGAACCCUGCCCGUGUCGAUCAGUACGACUCGGGCACAUACACGCGGAAGGGACAAACAACCCGUGUUGUGGUUCGUGAGAAGCCGUUUAUUAAGUCACGGUCUCAGCGGUUUUUUGAAUUUCUCCGCCCCUCCACCCGCACCGGCUUUAACGUGGUACAAGGGUUUGAGCUAGCGAAGGUGAUGGUAUGUAUCGUGUUUCCUAUUUUCAUGUUACUUUACUGGAAACGCAUGCAGAAGAGACUUCCCGACCAGUGGGAGAGUCAAUUUGCGGGGUUGCAGCAUCGGAUACUUAAGGAGGAUGUGCUGCAGGAGCAAGAGACGGAUUACUUUACGAUCAUUGAGACAUUUAAAGAGCGUCGCGAGAAGGCUUUGCAAAAAAAGCAGAAGGAAGCGAGGGAGGCGAACCAACAGUUUAGGCAAUAG